AAGGCCAUUCGUAUUUGACUCAGAGACCACUGCAAAAAUAAAGAGGCCUAGCUGUUUAACUCACAAGACAACCACCCGCUUUUGUUCUAAAAGAGAAUUAAUGCAGACAAGUAGUAGAGGACAGGAGGAACCUCCCUAAAGAAGUUUAAGUUCAAAGGGAGCUUGGUAAGGACAGUGAUGGUCAGCUUUCUGUGAAGCAUUUACAGUACAACCUGGUGUUGUUGAUGUCAGUGCCUCUCUUGGCUUGGCUGCUUAGUGUUCUUCAGAUCAUAUUAUUUACUUUGAGGUUUUGAAAGAAUUCACCCAUGGAAAACAACAAAAGGUGAGCAAAACUGGGCUUAAAGAGGCUCUUUCAGAUAUUCUACUUGGUAUGGCUGCAGGUUUGAAGCGGGAUCCUAUUGUGAUCCUCCGUAUGGAUGGAGAAGAUCUGUUGGAAUUCAUCAAUGGUCCAAGUUAUGAAGCGGAGAUGGUGUCUAUAUUUUCACAGAUAGGGUGUGAAGAUGCAUCGUUGCGUGAUUGUAUUACUAAGGCUUUGGAGAAACUUACAGUUGAUCAAGGAAUGCCCCCUUCGUCAGAUUCUUGGGUUAUGAGGAACAUAGUGGAACCAGCUUUGGAAUCAUGGGAUGACAAACCUGUCUCUCAAGAAACCUUCUUGGAAGAAUCAAAGAAAGUAGCUAAGCGUGUCGCUCAAAAUCUCAAGGAGGAGCCUGUGAUUGUUGCUCAUAGUGAAAACACCUUUGAUGGAAGUGGCAUUAAAAGACUACUAUGCAACAAGUUUGAAUUAGACAAGUUGCUGAAUGUAGGUUUAGAAAAUGUGCCAAAGGAUCGCAAUGGGAAAAUAUCAAAGGAGUAUUUACGUGUGGUGCUAGAUGUAGUGGCUCCAUCAGUUGGAUUACCUCAAAUCGGUGCUGUUGAACAGAUGGACAAGGUUGUUGCUGAUGUUCUCAACAGGAUAGACGUGGAUGAUGGGAAGAUGAUUAAAGAAGAUGAGUUCAAGAAACUAUUGACAGAGAUCAUGGGGAGCAUCAUGCUGCAGUUGGAGGGAAAUCCCAUCUCGGUUUCUUCGAAUUCUGUUGUUCAUGAGCCCCUUCCAUCAUCCUUAUCGCUUUUACAGGCAUCAACCUAGUUGCCUAUCAUCACAUAUCAGGUGUCAUGAAAUAAAAAAAGGUUCAAUAAAUUCUGGUUUAAUCAAGUACAUUUACCUACUAGCUUAAGUCAUUUGUUGUGCAGUUUACUGGGUUGUGUUAAUGAAAUAUGUUACUCUUAACAUAAUUAAACCUAAUGCAUGUUUUAUCAGCUAA